AUGUCGACUGCCCUGCAGCCAGCUGCUCACCAGCCAGCCGCCUUGGCGUCGCCGCCCAUGCCUCCCCCCUCCGGCCGCCAGUACAUGUCGCCACACUCGUCCCCGAAUCGAGAGGCUUACCAUGCCAACCAGAGCGCCACCGCCUCGCCUUCCUCGAGACGCCCACCCUCGCGCAAGACGAGCGGCCACGGCGCCUCUCCCUCUUUCGAUCUGAACUCGUACAGGCCGCCCCGGGCCGCCCCCGCAAAGGCCCAGCACCCCGAGCGUCGACCGUCCAAAUCUGACCGCCCGUCGACCAUGGUUCCUGUCGCGCCGCCACGAACCUCAUCCUCCGCCCACCCGGACGUGAGUUCGCGGAGAAGCCAUCAGGAGCCCAAUGGGGCGGCUGGCUUUCAGCAUCACGCGCAGAUAGCUGGCUCACGAAGUGAUUCUCGCGGUGAUGCCAACGUUCCGCCGCAAAAUCACAAGAGCAAGAGGUCUGCGAACCCACACUCGGCCCACGAUUCGGCCGUCCGCCCGACCAGCAGCCGCGCAGCCGAGGUCUCGAUGCCUGUCCGAUCAGCUGCAAAGCCUCGCGAGGCCACCGAGGGCUUGUCCGCCAUGGUUCCCAGCAUCGAAGGACUCAACGGUCGCGAGGCUCGAGCUUCUUAUCACGCCGCUUCGGCGCAAGACGAUGCGGCGCCACCGCCCGUGGUCAGCCCGAGCGAGACCCCCGACGAACGACGCGCCACCCGCAGCAGGCACGAUCAUAGCCGAAGCCAUAAGGGGACUUCCAAGUUUGGCGACUUCAUCCUGGGAAAUACCAUCGGUGAGGGCGAGUUUGGCAAGGUUAAGCUUGGCUGGAAACAAGAUAGCAGCGUUCAGGUCGCCAUCAAGCUGAUCAAAAGAGACACCGUGGGCGGCAACCCGUCCCGUCUCUCCAAGAUCAAGCGCGAAGUCACAAUUCUGCGAGGAGUGCAACAUCCAAACAUUGUGCGAUUAAUAGACAUGAUAGAGACGGACAGAUACAUUGGCAUCAUCCUCGAGUACGCGUCUGGCGGAGAGCUUUUUGACUACAUCCUGAACCAUCGGUAUCUGAAGGACCACUCGGCCCGCCGUCUCUUCUCUCAGCUGGUCUCCGGGGUUGGCUACCUGCACAAAAAAGGCAUCGUGCACCGAGAUCUCAAGCUGGAGAAUCUACUUUUGGAUCGCAAUCGCAACAUCAUCAUUACCGACUUUGGCUUUGCCAACACGUUCGACCCCCACGACGAAUUGGCCGAGGAGGAGGAACUGAACCUGACGGACCGCGAGUUCGUAAAGCAGAUUGGCCUGGACAAGGUCAAGCCAAACGGCUCGCGCAAGGGGGACCUGAUGCAGACGAGCUGUGGCAGCCCAUGCUACGCCGCGCCCGAGCUUGUGGUCAGCGAUUCCCUCUACACCGGGAGAAAGGUUGAUGUCUGGAGCUGCGGUGUUAUCCUGUACGCCAUGUUGGCGGGCUACCUCCCAUUCGACGACGAUCCGGCGAACCCCGAAGGCGACAAUAUCAAUCUGCUGUACAAGUACAUUGUGUCCACUCCCCUGACGUUUCCCGAAUACGUCACCCCUCAUGCUCGCGAUCUCCUCCGGCGCAUCUUGGUUCCCAACCCCCGCAAGCGUGCGGAUCUCUUCGAGGUGGCGCGACACAGCUGGCUGAGCGAAUACGCUCACGUUGUUGAAUUCAUCACGAGCACUACGACGUCGCCAUCCGAGGCUCAGAGCGCGUCGGCACAGCACGGAUAUGCGGAGCACUCUACCGUUGCAAGAAGUGCUUCUGUUCGCGAGGCUGCUAAGCACAAAUCGCCCGCCCCUGUUGCCGUCGGUGGCCUGGCCAAAGCACACGCCAAGAUCGACCAAGACAUUGAGCAGGCUUAUCGUACACCAAAGGAUACUAAGCGUCGGACGGUUCAGGUCGAAUACGUGGCCCCGACCACGCAGACGCAGCGCGGAUCAGACCCCAGCGCCUCGGACACUCCUGCUCAUGCUGACGGCUACGCGACGCCCGCGCUGUCAAGGUUAACGCAGAGCUCGCACGGCAAUGUCGGAUCCGCGAAGGCCUCACGAGAUAUGCGGGCCAUCUCGGAUAAUGCUCAAGUGGCCAGUUCUGGCGCGAGACCACAGACGGGAGGCUCGUUGCAGUCAGCUGCGUCGAUGGCUCUGCAAUCGCGAGGCAACUACGGACAGCCUGUCCCCCCAGCCAUCGCUGAUACGAAUGCUCAGGGACGCAUACAGCAGCCCUCGAAUGCCGAAGACGAUGACGCCUCGGGCAUCGGCAGACCCAGCGUAGUCGCGCCAUCCAAGUUUGCGAGAAUAUCUGGCCUUCAUGAGAGCCGAAGCAACGAGAACAAGGGCCACAAGCGAUCGAGCACCAUUGGCGAAAUUGGCUCGAGGCUCUUGGGUCGCAGCGGAUCCGUGUUUGGCGGCAAGAGUAGGAAGCGACCGGAACAGCAGCAAGCCGAAAAGGCAAAGAAGUACCCCCCCGUCAGCAUGUCGAAUUCGAUGCCCUUGGGAGAGGAGCCGGGGCCGAGACCGUCGAUUGAGUCCAAGGCUUCGCGCCGCUCAUUCUCGCUGGGCAUUGGGAAGAAGCGCAGUGGCAGCAUGACGGGCUCCCAAGGAUCUUCGGAAAAGAAGGAUCGCCGGCGAUUCUCGCUGCUCCCGGCCUCGUUUUCGCUCAAAUCCAUUGGUCUCGGCCGAGAGUACCCCGACAGUUCGCCUUCGGAGGUGGAAUCGCGGCAAGAUCUCCCCGGCCCGGCCGCUCGCACGAACCCGCCGCGGAGCGUAACGGCGCCUGGGGACGCCCGGGGCAGCUCCCCCUUCUUUGACAACUCGGAGGAAGAGGCUCGAGCACACGAGGCGACGGGCUCCAACCCGGGCCACCGCUCGAAACAUGGCACUGCACCGGACGAGGGACGAAGGCCCAAGGCAGCCGCGGCAUAUGCGCAGACAGGCUCCCACUUCAACGGCGCCUCGGAAUCGUCGGAGGAAACGCGUCGACCUCCGACGGCACCGCAGUCCGGAACCCACGGCCACGGCCCUACCGAACAAGAGGGCGACGGCAGUCGUGGAAACCGGGGAGCGUUGCAGAAGACGCACAAGCGAUUCACGGACGCAUACGAGCAGGGCGACUACCGAGGGCACGAGGGAAGCAGCGGCGCCGCCAAGCGCGUGAUGGACUUUUUCAGAAGACGAGGCAGAGCGCGGGGCGGAGACGAUCGGUGA